UGGUGUACAAUAUCUCGCGCUAACAAUAACAAUACAGUUCUACUCACACCCUCCGCCUUCAGGGUCAGCAUGCGGCGGAGACAAACCCGGGCGCGGCGUAGCUCAGUCACUUAUAACAACCACAACGAUGAUAUAAACAUGGAAGAACUUCACCAGAGUAACAGCAUUGAUCGGAGUCCUUCCUUUGUAAAAGUCGAUGGAUUGAAAAUUGAUUGGAAGCCUUCAUCUGUGGUAGCUUUAGCCACCAGCGUCGACGGUUUACGUGUCGCAGCCGCUCGCGAAAAUGGUUCUCUUGAACUCUGGGUCGUAUCUCCUGGUGAAGCCAAUUGGCAUUGUCUAUUGACCAUUCAUGGUGACCCUAACAAAAGAGUUUCUUCACUUGUUUGGUGUGAUGGUUCCGCUUUCGGUCGUUUAUUCUCUUCUAAUUUAGAUGGCACUGUUUCUACGUGGGAUUUUUUCAACUUGAAACAAACGACAGUGCUAGAUUCAGAUGGUGUCUCAAUAUGGAAAAUGGCUGUUGCACUGCCUAAGGGUAGUGUUAUAAAUGCUGAGACAAAGAGUGAUCAUUUGAGGAAGGGACAAGUUGAUUCCGAUGGAUCUGAGAACAGCGAAAGCGAUGAAGAUUCUGACUCACCUGCUACUGUCAUGCAACCUGUUCUUGAGUAUCCACGUGUAGCAAUUGCGUAUGAUGAUGGAUGUGUGAAAAUUUAUGCCGUCUCUGAUACAGAUGAGUUUAUGUACGUCAAAUCCUUGCCUCGAGUCAAAGGACGAGUUUUAAGUGUGACUUGGAGUGAAGAUGCUAACUACAUAUAUUCUGGCAGUAGUGACGGGUCAAUACGAAUCUGGGAUGCUAUGUCAGGUCAUGAAGUCGAUUGGAUGCCAGCUGGAUGUGGAGGUUCGGGCAGUGGACAAAAACUUUGUAUAUGGUCACUGCUGUGUUUAAGGUCUGGGACACUUGUUAGUGCUGACAGUAGCGGCAGUGUCCAGUUUUGGGACAGUCGAAACCGAACACUGUUGCAAGCACAUUCAUUACAUGAGGGAGAUGCAACUGCUCUUGCAGCAGCACCUAGUCAUGAUAUGGUAUUCUCUGCUGGUUCUGAUGGCCAGGUUAUUCUUUAUACGAUGUCAAAAUCAUCUAACAAUGUCAAUUCUCCAACAACGAUGAAAUGGAUCCAUGUUAAAAGUGUAAGGGCUCAUACCCACGAUGUCAGGGCCUUGACUGUUGCAGAACCAAUAGUUGAAGAAGAUUUUUUGCCUGAUGAGAGGAUUAAAAGAAUUCGCACUGAAAAAAAACCCAAGGAUUUCAGAUACAAUAAGUCGGCCCAUAUGGAGGGUCCCAUGCUAAUCUCUGCAGGAGAUGAUACAAAACUAUGUGCUUACCCUGUGAAAAAUUUCACUAGUACUUAUUUUCGAGAUAUAUGUCCUGUGCCUCAGAGAACACCUAUUCAGCUUGUCCUUAAUACUGCCUUCAAUCAAUCGUCAAUGCUUUUAGUCCAGUCUUCACAUUGUUUAGAUAUUCAUUUGCUACAACUCAGAAAUGUUCACACAGCUGGAGGCCAUGCAAAUCCUGAAAUGCAGCGCUUCAAAAUAUAUGCAUCAAUCAGAGUCCCAAGUCGGGCUUCUCAACAGAUAAUUUGCAGCACCAUUUCUAAUUCAGGGGUGUUUGUUGCAUACUCUAAUCAAUUAAAGACUAGUCUCCUUGAAUUGAAGUGUGAAGUUGGGAAAAUUACAUUAAGUACAAAAAAACUUCCUCAAAGAUUACCAUUUAUCCAUUCUAUGAUUUUUACUCAUGACUCCACUUGGUUAAUACUAGCUGGGCAUGAUAGAAAGAUAUAUGUUGUGGAUGCAUGCAGCUCAGCACUAGUGCACACUUUUACACCCCGUUGUGAGUUGCAAGAUGACGAAUCACCUCUUACGGAGCCGCCCAUAACGAAAUUGUUUAGCAGUUCUAAUAAGCAGUGGUUGGCAGCCGUGAAUUGCUUUGGAGAUAUAUACAUAUUUAACUUGGAGAUACUAAGGCAGCACUGGUUCAUUUCAAGAUUAGACGGUGCCUCUGUUACAGCUGGUGGAUUUGCGCCCCAGAACAACAAUGUAUUGAUAGUUACAACUUCCUCAAAUAAAGUGUAUGCAUUUGACAUUGAGGCCAAGAGGUUGGGAGAAUGGUCAAAUCGGAAGACACAUGCUCUUCCUUUCCGGGAUUUUCCUGGUGAAGUUAUUGGGCUUUCAUUCCUUCCUUCGUCAAGUUCAUCGUCGUUUGUUGUUUAUAGCUCCAGGGCAAUGUGCUUGAUUGACAUUGGUUUGUCUGCCGAACCAGAUGACAAUGAUGUGCUAGAUAUUCAAGAUUCAACAGCCCGGAGUUUACAAAAUCUUACUGUCAAGAAACAAAUUAAAUAUAAGAAUUUUAAUGUUUUACCCUUAAAGAAUCCUGUUUUAUUUUUAGCGUACAUGUCAAAAAAUUCAUUCUUUAUGGUAGACAAACCUUGGUUGGAAGUUGUCAAGAGUUUAGAAACCGCACCAGUCCACAGACAUAUUUAUGGGUCAUAAGUAGCUUUGAGAGAUUGUUCUCGGCUUGAGGGAAUACUUCGUAGUCAAUGAGUAUGUUUCUAAUGCGAAAUUAUUUUUUUAACAAUUUUGUGCUGAGAUCGUUAAUUUGAGUAUUUAUUCCAAGUUCAUGUUUGAUGCGCUUUCAUUCGUGAGAUCUGCAUAAACAAACAAA